AUGACGGAAGACACAACACUUCAGCGGCCCAGGCACGAUCAUCAUUUGGAAGUUGUGGCCUCCAACACGUUCUCGGGAUCCUAUGCCGAUCUCCAAACUCUGCAUCCUCCUUCUGAGCGACCCAACCAGUCAAAAGAUGCCCCAGAGGGUGGCUACGGCUGGGUGUGUGUUGCGGCAACAUUCUUCAUCAACGCCCAUACAUGGGGUGUGAACUCGGCCUAUGGUGUAUUCCUCUCAUUCUAUCUGUCCGACAAUACCUUCCAGAGCACCUCCGCGCUCGAGUAUGCGUUUGUUAGCAGUCUCAGCAUCGCUAUUGCCAUGCUUGUAUCGCCUCUGGCAACAUAUAUGACUCACCAUCUCGGUGUUCGACUGGUGGUAGCCAUGGGAACGAUACUCGAGGCGGGAUCGUUCAUUGCGACUUCAUUCGUCCACGAAAGCUGGCAGCUGAUGCUAUCGCAGGGAAUAUGCUUUGGGCUUGGCAUGGGUCUCAUCUUCGUGAGUUCCGUCGGGGUUAUAUCACACUGGUUCGACAAGCGACGCAGUCUUGUCAAUGGGAUAGCGGCAGGCGGAUCCGGAAUUGGUGGCCUCAUAUACUCGUUAGCAGUGGCUACCAUGAUUCCGCGACUUGGUCUGCCCUGGGCGAUGCGUAUCUUGGGCAUCAUAUGCCUGGUCGUGAACACCAUUGGAGGCUUGCUGCUCAGGCUGCCUCAUCGAAACAAUGCCUCCCACAAACAGCCCCCAAUGCGGCUGGGAAUUUUUCGCAACCCGGCGUACCUAUCCCUUCUAGCAUGGGGAAUCAUGAGCUCGAUGGGAUACGUUGGACUGCUGUUCAGCCUCUCUAGCUAUGGUGUGGCGGUCGGUCUUUCCCAACAUCAAGCCAGCAUCGCGAGCGCACUUCUAAACCUUGGCCAAGCUUUUGGCCGUCCGCUCUUCGGCUUUAUCAGCGAUGCUCUGGACAGAGUCAGUAUGGCCAUCGCAGCAACAUUGUUCACUGGUGUCUUUUGCUUCGUUGCUUGGAUCUUCGCACAUUCGAUGGGAGUGAUCUGCUUCUUUGCGAUCGUGGUGGGCUUGACCGCAGGGACCAUGUGGGCAGCAGCUGGUCCCAUCGCCUCUGAAGUCGUUGGCCUCUCUGAGCUUCACGGGGCCUUGGGCUUCUUUUGGUUCUCUAUAGGGGCACCCAUGGCCGUUGCGGAGCCGAUUGCUGUCCAGCUUCGGGGGGGCACAACCGCGUCGAAGCCGUACCUUCGAGUACAGAUCUUCAUAGGGUCGAUGUAUAUAGGCGCAUAUUUGACAGAUGGAAACUCGAUCUUCCAUAGUUCGCUCGAGGAGCUUCACCGGCGACUCUCCUUUGGAGUAGUCGGCACGAGAGAAGGCGUGGUCGUGUCAAUCGGCUACCAGAUUCCUCCCGAGACAGGUUUCUUGUUUGAAAUUCGGAGGUCGUGGGACUUCACGCCGGCCCAAUCCUUGACCACUGGCCAAAAGGAGGGGGGUGCGGUCGAGUUCAUUGAGUUUCUCGAAGGAACGUUGAAACCAUUUAUCUCGGCGCGGCUGAUGGAGAAGCGUGGGCUCAGGCCCGGCCGCGAGGCUCUAUUUGGACACUCUCACGGGGGCCUAUUUUGUCUUCAUACAUUGUUCACGCGCCCGAACCUCUUUGACUGCUUCCUUGCCAGUAGUCCCAGCAUAUCCUGGCAUGAGGAGUUUGUCCUCCGCGAGGAGCAGACAUUCGUCACUGCUGUGGCAGACGCAACCGCGCGAAAACCGUCAUUGAUGCUAUUUGUUGGCGGGCAGGAAUCUACAGCGCAGCGGCGGCGGGAAGAGCCCGAGGAGGUCUUUGCCAAACGCAAACAGGGCCACGAGAGUCGUAAUGUGGUAGGGCGCACGAUUGCCUUGUACGAUCGGCUGAAGGAUUGUCCACGGCUCGAGCAUGUGUCUCUCGAUGUUUACGAGGCCGAAGAUCAUUGUACAGCUAUCCCUUGCGCGCUGACACGGAGUUUUGCAAGGUUCCUUGAUGAGUGGUAUUAG